CUUGGUAUCCAGAAUACACAGGGCAAUUUAGAAAUACUGCUUGCGUAAAGGUGCAUUUUCUACGUGUACCGAUUUUAAGUUAUUUUGUUAAGGUUAGGUGGAAAUUAAUAUCAAGAAUCAAAAAUGGUACACUUUACAGUAGACCAGAUGCGUUCUUUAAUGAACAAGAAAAAGAAUAUCCGGAACAUGUCUGUUAUUGCCCAUGUAGACCAUGGCAAGUCAACCCUGACAGACUCUCUUGUGUCCAAAGCUGGAAUUAUAGCUGCUGCCAAAGCUGGAGAAGCCAGGUUUACAGAUACUAGAAAAGAUGAACAAGAAAGAUGCAUCACUAUAAAAUCAACGGCUCUGUCAAUGUACUUUGAACUGGAAGAAAAAGACUUGCAAUUUAUUACAUGGGAGAACCAGAGAGAAAAAGGUGAAAAGGGUUUCUUGAUAAACUUGAUUGAUUCUCCUGGCCAUGUGGACUUUUCCUCUGAAGUAACAGCUGCCUUACGUGUUACGGAUGGAGCUCUGGUUGUUGUAGACUGUGUUAGCGGUGUAUGUGUUCAAACAGAAACUGUGUUACGUCAGGCUAUUGCAGAACGAAUUAAGCCUGUUCUGUUUAUGAACAAAGUAGACUUGGCCCUUCUGACUUUACAGCUAGAGGCUGAGGAGCUCUAUCAAACAUUCCAGAGAAAUAUUGAAAACAUCAAUGUUAUUAUUGCCACAUAUAGUGAUGAGACAGGACCAAUGGGAGAUAUUAAGGUGGAUCCAAUGAAAGGAAGUGUUGGAUUUGGUUCUGGUCUACAUGGUUGGGCUUUUACUCUUAAACAGUUUUCAGAACUCUAUGCUGAAAAGUUUAAAAUUGACAUUGACAAAUUAAUGAGUAAAUUGUGGGGAGAGAAUUAUUACAACCCACAGACAAAGAAAUGGAGUAAAAAAGCUGGUGAAGGAUUCAAGAGAGCUUUCACAAUGUUUGUACUGGACCCCAUUUAUAAGGUGUUUGAUGCCAUUAUGAAUUACAAGAAGGAAGAAACAACUAAAUUAUUAGAGAAACUGAAUAUUGUUUUGAAAGGAGAGGAUAAAGAUAAAGAUGGGAAGAAUCUUCUGAAGGUGGUGAUGCGCACUUGGCUUCCUGCAGGUGAUUCCCUUCUUCAGAUGAUUACCAUUCACUUACCAUCACCUGUAACUGCUCAAAAGUACCGUAUGGAAAUGCUUUAUGAAGGUCCAUUGGAUGAUGAGGCAGCUGUGGCCAUUAAGAACUGUGAUCCAAAUGGACAUCUGAUGAUGUACAUUUCCAAAAUGGUUCCAACUUCUGAUAAAGGGCGUUUCUAUGCUUUUGGACGUGUGUUCUCUGGCACUGUUGCAUCAGGCUUGAAGUGUCGCAUCAUGGGUCCAAACUUUGUACCUGGCAAGAAGGAGGAUAUGGUUGAAAAAUCUAUCCAAAGAACCAUUCUUAUGAUGGGUCGUUAUGUAGAACCUAUUGAAGAUGUGCCAUGUGGAAACAUCUGUGGACUUGUUGGUGUUGAUCAAUUUUUAGUAAAAACAGGUACCAUUACAACUUUCAAAGAAGCCCACAACAUGAGAGUGAUGAAGUUCUCAGUAAGUCCCGUUGUUCGAGUUGCUGUUGAACCACAGAAUCCUGCUGAUUUACCCAAACUUGUAGAAGGUCUGAAGCGUCUAGCUAAGUCUGAUCCAAUGGUUCAGUGCAUUAUUGAAGAAUCAGGGGAACACAUUAUUGCUGGAGCUGGGGAAUUGCACUUAGAAAUCUGCCUGAAAGAUUUGGAGGAAGAUCAUGCUGGAAUUCCGUUAAAGAAAACUGACCCAGUGGUGUCUUAUCGUGAAACUGUCUCUGAAGAGUCCAAAAUUACGUGUCUUUCAAAGUCUCCAAAUAAGCACAACAGGUUGUUCAUGAAGGCUAACCAACUUUCUGAUGGUUUACCAGAGGACAUUGAUAGUGGUAAGGUAACUCACAAAGACGACUUCAAAGCACGUGGUCGUUACCUGACAGAAAAGUAUGGCUGGGAUGCCACAGAAGCAAGAAAAAUAUGGGCCUUUGGGCCUGAGGGUAAUGGACCAAACCUACUCGUGGACUGCACCAAGGGAGUUCAGUACUUGAAUGAAAUCAAGGAUUCUGUUGUUGCUGGCUUCCAGUGGGCAACAAAAGAGAGUGUCCUUUCAGAGGAAAACAUGAGAGGAGUUCGUUUCAAUAUCUAUGAUGUGACCCUACAUGCUGAUGCUAUCCAUCGUGGUGGGGGGCAGAUCAUCCCUACAGCUCGUCGCUGUUUGUACGCAUGUAUGCUUACAGCAGAACCUCGCCUCAUGGAACCUGUCUACUUGGUGGAGAUUCAGUGUCCUGAAGUAGCUGUUGGGGGUAUCUAUGGAGUACUAAAUCGCAGAAGAGGAAUGGUGUUCGAAGAGGCCCAAAUUACAGGCACUCCCAUGUUUAUUGUCAAGGCGUACCUGCCUGUGAAUGAGUCGUUUGGUUUCACAGCUGAUCUUCGCUCCAACACAGGAGGUCAAGCCUUCCCUCAAUGUGUAUUUGACCAUUGGCAGAUCUUACCUGGUGACCCAAUGGAUGGCAAGUCCCGCCCUUGGCAAAUAGUGAUGGAUACUAGAAAACGAAAAGGAUUGAAAGAGGCUAUACCUGAACUUGACCAGUAUUUGGAUAAACUAUAAAGUUGCUGCAAUUUAGUGUUUGUACUUUUUUUUUUCAAAACGUGAAGUGCAAAUAAAACAUGCAGUUCAAGGUUACAUGAGUAAUCUUAAAACUUUGCAAUUUUAUGAGUUCUACUUGGCAAGGUUUUCAAUCAGAGUAACAAAUUUAAUUUACUUUUGUACAACUAAGUUUAUUUGUAAAGUUUGCUUCUUCUGUGCUGAAAAUAAAACCUGUAAAAUUAUUGUGCA